GGGGGCAGUUCCCGAGAGCCGCCAGCACCGCGCUCGCCUUCCUCUUUCGCCUUCACCUGGAUAUAAUUUCCCAGCGAAGCUGCCCCCAGGAUGACCACGCUGGCCGGAGCCGUGCCCAGGAUGAUGCGGCCGGGCCCGGGGCAGAACUACCCGCGCAGCGGCUUCCCUCUGGAAGUGUCCACUCCCCUCGGCCAGGGCCGCGUCAACCAGCUCGGUGGUGUAUUUAUCAACGGCAGGCCGCUACCCAACCACAUCCGCCACAAGAUCGUGGAGAUGGCCCACCACGGAAUCCGGCCCUGCGUCAUCUCCCGCCAGUUGCGCGUGUCCCACGGCUGCGUCUCUAAGAUCCUGUGCAGGUACCAGGAGACCGGCUCCAUCCGUCCCGGUGCCAUUGGUGGCAGCAAACCCAAGCAGGUGACAACGCCUGACGUGGAGAAGAAAAUUGAGGAAUACAAAAGAGAGAACCCGGGCAUGUUCAGCUGGGAAAUUCGAGACAAAUUACUCAAGGACGCUGUCUGUGAUCGAAACACUGUGCCCUCAGUGAGUUCCAUCAGCCGCAUCCUGAGGAGUAAAUUCGGGAAAGGCGAAGAGGAGGAGGCUGAUCUGGAGAGGAAGGAGGCAGAGGAGAGCGAGAAGAAGGCGAAACACAGCAUCGACGGCAUCCUGAGCGAGCGAGGUAAGCGGCGGCGCGCUCGGGCGGCGCACGGAGGCCCGCGCCUCGGCCACGUCCGCGCUCUGACGUCGGCGCCCAGAGCGCCGGCCAGCUCCCGCUGGUGUCAAGGUCUCUCCCUUGGUACCCACUGCACCCGCGUACGGAGCAUUCACAUGAAAGACCAGAGACGCACUUGA